AUGCUCACCUGUCCCCCCACUCUCUUUACUCGGCGCCCCUCCCCAACAACAAUUGAAUACACCGUCAGCACGCACCCACCCUUACCACUCCCCCUCCGCAUCCUCCUUCUCCUUACGCAUAUCAUCCGCGUAACCCUCGCUCUCGCCAUCCUCCUUCUCCUAUACACCUACUACCUCACCGUCCUCCCCGCCCCAACCAUUCUCUCCUCCUUCACCAUCCCGCCUUUCAUCCUCUCACCUCUCACUCUCCUCGCCACCCUUCUCUCCCCCCUUCUCCUCCUCCCCCUCUCCCUCAUCACUCUCUACACCCUCACCCUGCGUCCCCACACCUCCGAAUCCCUACUCAUUCUCCGCCAUCUCGGUCUACAAAUCAGUUCGUCUCCCAAAACAUACCUGACGACUACCAAAACGCGGUUUAUACCGAGUCAGAAGAUUCAGGAUAUUUAUAUUAAUGAGGUGUUUCACAAUUUCGAGGUGAGGUACGUGUUGGUAGUUGUUGUGGAGGGAGAAGUGGAGUUAGUAGUAGUUUUUGAAAGAUUGUUGCCGGGAAGGGGGGUGUUGGAACGGGUUUGGAGGGGAGGAAGGAGGGGGUUGUUUGGGGGGGAUGAGGGCUGUGCGAAUGGGAAUGGGACUGGGAAUGGUGCGGGGGGAAAGGAGAAGGAUAAAGAGAGAGAUGCGGGGGCAGGGGAUACGGUGAUAGGUGGCCUUGUUUGA